AGUGCAACCGUGAUUAUAAUGGCUGGUCAAACGAUAAAUGACCGACUUCUCACUGCAAAACACAUUUUGACUGGCCAGGGGCUCGCCAAAUCUGUAUGCAAGGCAACUACUGAGGAAAUAUUGGCUCCGAAAAAGAAGCAUUUAGACUACCUAGUACAAUGCACAAAUGAACCUAAUGUUUCUGUACACCAAAUGGGCAAUUUAUUAAUUGAAAGAUCCCAAAAUACAAGUUGCAUAGUUGUUUUCAAAUCAUUGAUAACUAUCCAUCAUUUGAUGUGCUAUGGAAAUGAAAGAUUUACACAGUAUUUAGCUACUAGUAAUGUGUCCUUUCGCCUCUCAAAUUUUGUAAAUAAGACUGGUGUACAGAGCACCGUUCGCGCAAGGAAUGCCAUGUUUCCUUUUAUUAGAAGAUAUGCUAAGUAUCUUAACGAAAAGGCAUUAUCAUAUCGAGCUGCUGCUUUUGAUUUUUGUAAAGUAAAGCGUGGAAGAGAAGAAAGUACUUUACGUACAAUGGAUGUAGAAAAUUUACUCAAAACCCUACCAAUAUUACAAAACCAGUUAGAUGCUUUGUUAGAGUUUGAUUGUACUAAAUAUGAUCUGACAAAUAGUGUUAUAAAUAUGUGUUUUACGCAAUUAUUUAGAGAUUUAAUACGUUUAUUUGCUUGCUAUAAUGAUGGUGUAAUUAGUUUAUUAGAAAAAUAUUUUGAAUUAAAUAAAAAACAAUGCACGGAUGCAUUAGAUUUAUACAAAAAGUUUCUUAUUAGAAUUGACAGAGUAGGAGAAUUUUCAAAAGUAGCAGAAAAUAUUGGUUUAAUAGAUAAAGGAGAUAUUCCUGGUGUUACUAAAGCCUCAAAUAGUCUUUUAGAUGUAUUAGAACAGCAUCUAGGUUUAUUAGAAGGGAAUAAACCAACUGCAGCUACAAACCAAAAGAAUUUAGAAUCAGGAAUGUCAGUAUUAGCAAAUACAAGUUUUGCUUUUGGAUCAGCCAUGGAUGAUACCUUUAAGGAAGCUGAGGUAGCAGUAGAAGAAGUUGCUUUGGAUGAAUAUAGGCCUCAAGUAUGUUCCCCAGGUUUGAGUAGUACAAAUCCAUUUUUAGGUGAAGAAGAAUCAGAAAAACAAGACUUGAUAUCUGGAACGAUUUUAGACUUAUUUGCUGAAGAUAAUUUAACAUCAGCGACUACGGCUCCAGCUGUAGCCCAAAGCAAUGUCAUGGAUGAUUUGCUCUCAUUAGGAGGUAAAUUACAAGUUAAUGAACAUUUUGUCUUGCAUAGAUGA